UUGCAGCUCAUUUCUCACUGUGGGAACAGAGGUGGUAGCAUUAAUGAGUUGCCAACAUCUGCUUCAUUCAUGUUCCUACCUACUUCGAAGCACUGUUUCAGAAUUAAAUCUGACACAUUGCACAGUCCUAGAAUUUAAUCUAGGUAGGCUAAUCCUCUUAUCCUGAAAGCGACACUCCUGCAAUUGCAUCUUGUGCAUUCAGGUUACAAAAGGGGCUUCAUAUAAUAGAAUGAGGAGUCCCUGCACAGAUUUCAGAUUAGUCAUAUCGGCGUCCACUGCUCUAUGCCAUGGCCUCUAUCAGCCAUUCAGGAAGUGAGCUGUAGGAAUACAGAUAAAGGCUUGGACUUGAAGAUAAGAAAGUGGCUGAAAUGCCUGGUCCAGUGACAGAUAAAGGAGGCUGUCUAUCCUAGCAAGAUUCAGCCAGACUUCCAUUCCCUUAAUUGAGUCAAAAGCUGUGGGCUGUCCUUGGUGGUCUGCCCAACAAGUCCAAGGGGGAAAGCAAAAAAAUGGGAACACUUUAUCAGAGUUCUUCAUUGCAUAAGUCUCUUCGUUUGAGCAUGGGAGGAUCUUGUGUCUCUGAUUACAUAAAGAAAUUUGCGACUAAAGAUAAGCCAGAAGACAAGGGUACGAAAGGAAAGCAUGCACCUCCCAAGAAAGGAAUACAGACAGAAAGCAAGAAUUCCUUGGAAGAAAACAAAAGGGGGACCAAAUUGGAUGAGCAGCACGGAGCACGUGAAAAGGUAAACUUGGCCAGUACGGUCCUUUCCAAAGAGGGCUCCAGACCAUGUGCUGUAGAGAAGAUGGCCCAUCUUGAACCAAAAGAGCCUUUGGGAUGGGCGAAUGUCUCCAAGGAUUGCCCAAAAGAAGAAGGAACUGGGAAGAGGGAUGUUGCCCAGAAGGAUGGCCUUUUCUGCCCAAGCGGUAGCAAUCGGAGAGAGACCCCAAAUAUGGGCAAAGAAAAAUCUCCCCAAAAGCAGGUGACUCCAAAAUGGAAGGGAGGUGAAAAAAGUAUCUCUGGACUUGACACCCCUGCUGUGGAAGCUCUGUCUUCUACCUUGAAGUCUGGCUGUGAAGUUACAAGGACAAGGCCUUCAGUCAUUGCACAGAUGAAUGAUGCUCAAGACAAGGCUUUGAAAAGCAAAGAAGAAAGUGUUGGCCGCUCUGGAGGUAAACAUGCUGAAGGGUUGGCUCCCCUUUCCCUGCGGCCAGUAGGAGAAGGAGGUAAGCAUUUGCAGGAACCUUCUAAAUCUAAGGAGCCCUCAGAGGACAGCAGGACUGAACUCACGCAAGAACUGAAAGGAGUUCCUUCUUCCAAUAAGUGGAGUGAGCAGAUUCCCAAGCUAGCAGGUCCUGCUUCAGCAGCACCACUGGCAAAGGCUGAAGACAAAGGAGAGGUUCAAUGCAAGGCUCUCUCAUGCCCAAGUUCCAUUGCAAAAGACUUUGGCAAAGAUCUAGGAGGCCCAGGAAAAAACCCCAAGGAGACAGCAAAGGUAACAAAAGACAUCAAAACAGAAACUGUGGAAUCACGGAGAACUUCUUUAGUGAGGCGAGAGAGCAGAUCCAGACAGGGGGCAGGGAAACUUCCAGAGAUUACUCCAUUUGUAGGAGCCAGCAAAGUGGAAGAGAUGGUCAUUGAUGACAGUCCUCCUCCUCCAGCCCCUUUUGAACAUCGCAUUGUGAGCAUCAAACAAACUGAGCUAACAGCUUUAUACACAGUAAGCCAUGAUGAAGUUUUGGGAGGGGGGCGUUUUGGUCAAGUUCACAAGUGUGUUGAAAAGUCCACAGGGCUCUGCCUGGCCGCCAAGAUCAUCAAAGUAAAAUUUGCAAAAGAAAGGGAAGAAGUGAAGAAUGAGAUAAAUAUCAUGAACCAGUUAAGCCAUGUGAACCUAAUUCAACUCUAUGAUGCUUUUGAGAGCAAGAACAACCUCACCUUAAUCAUGGAAUAUGUUGAUGGUGGUGAGUUAUUUGACCGGAUCAUAGAUGAAAACUACAAUCUUACUGAGUUGGACGCUAUCUUGUUUACCAAACAAAUAUGUGAAGGAAUAUACUACCUGCAUCAACAGUACAUCCUUCAUCUUGAUCUGAAGCCUGAGAACAUACUUUGUGUGAGUCACACUGGGAACCAGAUUAAAAUAAUUGAUUUUGGAUUGGCAAGGAGGUACAAGCCUCGUGAGAAGCUGAAAGUCAAUUUUGGCACACCCGAAUUUUUGGCUCCUGAAGUUGUGAACUAUGAUUUUGUGUCAUUCCCAACGGAUAUGUGGAGUGUAGGCAUCAUAACAUACAUGCUGGUCAGUGGCUUGUCGCCUUUCCUUGGAGAAACUGACGCAGAAACCAUGAAUUAUAUUGUCAACUGCAACUGGGAUUUUGAUGCAGAAGCAUUUGAACAAGUGUCAGAAGAGGCAAAAGACUUUGUUUCCAGACUUCUCAUAAAGGAAAAAAGUGGCAGAAUAAGUGCAGCCAAUUGCUUGAAACAUGAGUGGUUGACCAACCUGCCUGCCAAGGCUAAGAAAUCAAAAGCUCGCUUGAAGUCCCAGAUGCUCCUAAAGCGAUACAUGGCCCAGAAGAAAUGGAAGAAACACUUCCACGUGGUGACAGCUGCCAACAGAUUGAGAAGAUUCCCUAGCAUGUCUGAGACUCCUGCUGCUGAAGAUAACUGAGACUUGAUGAUUUUAGUGAUCAGUCCAUUUCUACCUGUUUCACAUUAAGAUUUCUUUCCUCUUCUUCCUGUGUUGUAUACCCACCAGCCUGCUUAAGCUGCUGCCCCGAAGCCUAAGAAGAUACAGUGAGACUUCCGACACCAAGGGAAGACUGACUGGGUGGUCUUACAACCUGUCACUUGCAAGGGAAGAGGAGGAAAAAUGCUUGACUUAUACCUCUUAGACUUUCAUUUCUGUAAUUAUACAUUAGUGAUUAGCAAUGGCCUUUUCUGCUGGGGACCGGCUGUCUUAUUUUUAAGAACGUUAUGGUUUGAGAACGUCAAGUCAUGGUUGGAAGGUUUAACUUCAGGCGGAAGAUGUAGCUUCUCCGGGGGUUGUGCUAUUUUUUUUUCCUGAGUUCAGUAUUUUUGCUUUGAAAAUAGAACUUUGGGUAGCGAUCAAUAGCUUUAAAAACACUUGCUGAGCAUAUUGGUAUUCGUCACCUUUUAUACACUCAUUUAUGGCUUCUCUU